GCUCGAGGCUGAUAAAGGACGCGUUUUCGAUGUAAUCGACUGGCUCGACAUUCAUCAUGAUAACUCGCGUCUGAGACGCAAGUAUCUGAAAAAAGCACCACCAGAACCACCGGAAGAGAAGGGCCAGUUAGUGAAUCUGCCUGUUGCGGGAAAGCGGGGUGAGCGUGAGGUUGCGCACGAACGGUUGCAGAACCUGGAGGAUAGUCUGAAUUGGCUCAAGAAGUCGGAGAAAACGCGGUCGUACUUUGCGGAAGGGAAUAAUGGCCCCAAGUCCCGUGAAAUCGUCGACACUAGCUCGAAUGAUGAAGCCACAGCAGGACAAGGUCCUCGAAUUAAGGCUACCGCCGAUGCAUCCUCAGCGUCAUCCUUGGCCUUUUUUUCAAGGGAGAAAUUUUCAGGGUUGUUCAAGGAUACUAUGUCUAUGGCUCUCAAGGAAGAUGCGAAGCGGUAGCUCUAAUCGAAGAAACAGUACAGUUUUUUACAAUGAUCGUGGGCACAAAACAAGAAGUUCUUGUUCAUCUGCUGCUUCCUCCUCUUCUAGUAGAGGUGACAUUGGUCGUAGGGGUGACGUUCUUGAUGCUGACAGGAGAAGCAGCUGCAGUGCC